AUGGCUCUGGCUGAUCCCCGGGUCGACUCCGACCGUCUUGGAAACGCCGGUAACACUGCUGGCGCAGGCGGUUAUGGUGCUGGACAGUAUACUGAGUCCCACGGCACCCAUGGUACUACUGGCAGCGGCCUCACCGGCACAGGGCUCGGCUCUUCGACUACUGGAGCUUACAGCUCAGGUAACAGCAGUGGACUGACUGGUGGUCACGGCACUGCCGAUUUCAACGACCCAACUGGUCCCCACAGCUCACGCAUGGCCAACCAGGCUGACCCCCGCGUCGGUGGUGUUGGUAGCACUGGAGCUGGCGCAUACAACACUACUGGAACCGGUCUCACCGGCCAUAGCACUACCGGUGGUCUUGGACACUCCCACAACGACCCUACCGGCCCCCACGGCUCCCACAUGGCCAACUCUGCCGACCCGCGUGUUGGGGGUGUAGGUAGCACUGGCGGUCUUGGCCACUCUCACAAUGACCCCACUGGUCCUCACAGCUCUCACAUGGCCAACUCGGCCGACCCGCGUGUCGGAGGUGUAGGCAGUACAGGCACAGGAGCCUACGGCAGCAACGCUGGCGGCAUCGGCUCAGGCAACAUGGGCCAAGGAGGAUACACCACAGGUGAGCACGUCAAGACCGUCCCAGGGGAGGUCGAGGGAACAGGCCGUGACAACCUCUCUCACCGCAAUAACGAGAGUGGCGAUCUUCCCAAGGCCCUCACCGAGCCUGUUUCCCACGCUGAGCCUCACUCUUCUCUGCAACAUGACCAACACGUUUCAGGUGGCGCUCACGGCACUCAUGGUACCACUGAUGUUCACGGCAAGCCAUCCAUGAUGGACAAGCUGAGUAAGUCUUCCCCAUGCGGUUGA